CUCACGAGAGUCACACACGAACUCAUCUCCGUGGAUCUGUUGAAGGCCUCACGGCGGAAAGAACGAAGGGUGAAGCUCUUGAGCAUUAGGAUACUUUUUGUUAUUUUUAUUGCUUGCGGCGAGACAGUGUUGUUGCUUGGACAGUCUUCGAGGGCAGGAAGAAGGAACUGCGCACGAGUGGAAGGGAAGCAAUGGGGGGCGCAACACAGGAGCUAGACCUUGGGCCGGUGACAAUGUCGGCCAUGACUGCAGCGUGGACUUUCGUCUACGUGCUGUCGCGUGUGUUAUUCCCGGCACGCUCCAAGGAUUUUUGCAAUCGCAUCGUCUCACUCAUCCAUGUGUUUGUGUCCUGUUAUUUCUGUUCCAAGUCGGUUGCCGAUUGGUCUCGCCCAUUGGACGGUGUCGGCGCAGCCUCCACAUAUCCCCAGAUGCUGGCGUUAACAGUAAGUCUGGCCUACUUCACUUACGAUACCCUUUGCUGCUUAGUGGAGCUCCCAUUCAGUUUGGAUGUGUUUAUGCACCAUGUUCUCACUAUCCUAGGGCUUGGGUUUGGAUACGAGCGUCAAAUUAGUGGGACAGAGCUGGUGGCAUGCCUGAUGCUCAUGGAAGUAUCAAACCCCUUCAUGCAUGCUCGAGAGCUUCUCAAAGAGCUGAACCUGAAAGAUUCAUCGAUGAACCUUGCGAAUGAUGUUGUUUUUGCCCUGAUUUUUACCGUUGCUAGAGUCUUCAUUGGACCUAUUGUCGUGUACAAGUGUCUAUUAUCAUCUACCACCCCUUUCGCUGUCAAGGUUGGAGCUGUUGGAAUCCAAGUGGUUAGCUUACUAUGGUUCUAUAAGAUUGCGCGGAUGGUCGUUUACAAGCUAAGCAAGAAGCCUAAGACUCGGAAGGCUGCUUAAUUUCAUUUUGCAGCUGCUGUCUCAUGCGUGCCCGAUUCCACCUUUUAUCAUUAUCAAUUUUCAUUUUGUAGAUCACUUCUGGACGACGUGUCAAAGUAAGGAUAUCUUGGAAGCUGUUUGAAUUUUACGUGGCCAUGAAUUCAUGCCGGAGUUGUACAUCAUGUUCGAGUUUAGUGCUGCUUCCGCUCUGGAAAAAGACUUCACCAUUAUUUUUGUCAACCAAGCGCUUUUGUUGAGCUCUGAGAACAUCGAUCUUCAAAUGCCGUCUGGUCCAGUGUAUUUGGAUCGUC